AGCUGCAGCACGUAUAACAAGUCGUAUCCCUGCGGUGAUGCCUUUAAGGCAAGGAGGAAGUGUAAACCUGGAAUGUGUUGGGGUUGGUCCUCCUGCUCCUGAUGUCUACUGGACAAGAGGAUCUGUUCGAAUAAAAAGUGAACCGAAGGGACAGUUACGUCUGACAAACGUAUCUCAUCAAGAUAUCGGACUGUACCGUUGCCAUGCCGUCAACUACUUAGGACGAGAUGUAACAGAAACAAGACUAAGUUUAAUAGAAUUAAAAUUCGUUUAUCGUCCUCCUGCUGCUGUUGUCGCGUCUUCUUCUUCCACUAUAGUAAUCAACUGCACUGCUGAGAUAGCGCCUGGAAUACCAACCUCUACACGAUGGGAAAUUUUACGACAACAGUGCAGAUCGGGUUCUGGCAAGAGAACCAUUUUAUCCAACGGCACGCUAGUUAUACGAGAUGUGACCGAAUGGGAUAGUGAUACUUAUGUAUGCUACGCUGGUAACAACUGGAUUUCAGCGAAGGUACAAGUGAGGGUGGCAGAGGAUACGAGUUGGAUGCUGACAAGUGACUCCUGUAAUGGAUUUCGUCCUUCUGCCUACAACAGAUCUGUUUAUUAUGCGGUGUCUUCGUCUACAACGUGGAACAAGUCUAAAUACUAUCAUUGUCCUGUAGGAUAUUAUUGGCCAUGCACUGAAGAGGGACGAAAGAUAUUCAAUGAUAACAGCUGGUCAGGGUCACUUGUGUACCACAGUCGAUGUGGAUGGAGUGGUUAUAACUACGGUGGAGGAACUAGAUAUUACUUCAGGUUUCGUGAUUCGUCAUCAACGAAUGCGUACAAGCAUGCUGGAAAUAAUGAUGCAUACCAAGUCCAGACCACCAGCUCUACCUCUCUAUUUGCCGGCAUUAUUUGCAUAAAAGAAUAAAGAAUAAUGUUUAUUGAAAGUUGCCACAACGUUGACACAUAAACAAGCUAAAUUGUCUUUCUACGUUUGCAAACUAGAAUGGAACGAUUAUUUCACAUCCUGCAGACUUGCAGUGUAUUCAUCUGCAGUCAAACUUUUCUGUCUUAUUAGGCUAGGUUUAGACAACAUGACGCUCGUGA